GCCGCCGUCUUCAGAGAAACCCUCGCGUGGCAAUGGCGCCUCCUCCAACGGAAGAGCAGCUCCGGCGUGGAUCAGAGGAAACCGAGGUCCUCCGCCAUUCUGUUCACGGCGACGGCCACCCCAGCGUUUGCACGGAUCAGCCGUCAGCCCUAGGCGGCUCCGCGGCCCAGAUUACGGAACCCCGUGAUAACCAGGCGCUCGUGUCCACAGAAUCAGAUCGGUUUUCCUUGCGCGCUCUUGAUCUCGUGAGCACACAGGUGGACAGCGACGACCAGUGCCAUGCCGAACUGAUGGAGGAGGACAGCGAUGACAAGGAUGGUAGCGAUGACGAGGAGGACAGCGAUGAAUCUGAUGCCCAAACGGCAGACGAGAACAGUGAUGAGGAGGAGGUUAGGGAUGAAUACUAUGCCCCACUGAUUGGCAAGGACAGCGAGACAAAUUGCCCAGGAAAAAAGUACUCCAAGGAAGAAGCUGAUGAAGUAGUGUCCAGAUGGCUUUGCAGUUUCAACAAAGCGUACCGUGACUGCUUGAACCUGCGUGUGGAGAUUCUAGGCCGGGGUGAUGAGAAUGCUCGUCUUCCUCCUUUUCCUUUGAAAGUACUCCCUGUGGUAACAAGUCUAUGCAUCACAAGCAACAUCUGCUACCACCGCGAAUACAUGACCCAUGACACUUCCACGAGUAAGGGCCUUUGAUUCUUAGCAAUCCGCAGUUGCGCUAUUCUUAGUACUUCCGAGGACGCCGAGGAGGACGCACCCCGAGGCCGCAAGCGGCUGCGCAAGACCUUGGCCGGCCCUGCUGGCCAGCUGGCCCAGCCGAAGAAGAUCACACUUUCUGAC